AUGCCCUCGCUAAACGUUGGCUCGGAGACAUUCGCUUCAAGGACACAAGAUGCCCCUUCAGCAAUAACAAGACUCGCGGCCGCGAUAUGCCUUGUGUGGUAUAUUGCGGUCGCUGUGGUGUGCACAGUCGGAUAUGUGCAACUUCGACGCUACUACUCCAGUCCUCCACCAGCAGCUGUACUGAGGGAAACUCCAGAUGUCACGAUCAUUCGUCCGGUCAAAGGCAUUGAACCGGGCUUAUACGAAUGCCUGGCUUCGACACUCAGACAAUCAUAUCUGAGAGACAGAUUGCACAUUCGCUUUUGCAUCUCUUCUCGCUCUGACCCGGCUCUUCCGACCCUCACGCAGCUCCUUCACGACUUCCCCGGCCACGAUGUGACAAUAUUAAUUGAAGAUGAAGACCAGUUGCUGCAACAAGGCCAGCUCCGCCUCGGUCCUAAUCCCAAGAUCCGCAACAUGAGCCGCGCAUAUCGCGAAGCACAGGGCGACAUCGUCUGGAUCAUCGACUGUAACGUUUGGGUCGGCACGAACACCUGCGAAAGGAUGGUCGAAAGACUCCAAACCAACAAAUUCAUCCAUCUCCUCCCCUUGGUCGUGGACACCACUCUUCUUGAUAGCGGCUCGCCCUCGUGGAAAACCCUCGGUGGCCGUCUAGAAGAAAUGUUCCUCUCUUCCUCCCACGCCAAGUUCUACACCGCCAUCAACACCGUCCUCAUCGCUCCGUGCAUCAUCGGCAAAAGCACAAUGUUCCGGCGCUCGCAUCUCAACAGCCUCACCGAAAACCAAGGAAUCGACUACUUCAGCUACAACAUCUGCGAGGAUCAUCUGAUCGGCGACCUCCUCUGGAAGCGAAAAGUGCCAGCGGAGGAAAACGGGCAGAGAUUGGGCAAGCACGCUCUGUGUUUCGGCGAUCUCGCCAUCCAGCCGGUGACCGGGAUGAGCGGAACCGAGUACUGGAAUCGCAGAGUAAGAUGGCUACGAGUGAGGAAGUUCACCGUCAUGCUCGCCACCUUCGUCGAACCCGGAACCGAGUCCUUCCUGUGCUCGAUGUAUGGCGCCUUUGCCGCAACAACCUUGCCGUUCUUCCACCAGUACCUGCACAUACCCCAGACUUGGUCGGCAUUCGCAGUCUUCUGGCUUCUCAGUGUCUCCAUCUGGUGCACGAUGGAUCGCAGACUCUACAACCUGCUGCAUUCCGGCGCCUCGAUCCGCCUCGACGAGAACACCCCUACAUUUGCGCGCUCGCUUCGAAGCGUGCAAGGGAAAGCCUUCUCGGAAUGGUUCGUAGCAUGGCUAGGUCGGGAGGCGCUCGCACUCCCAAUCUGGUUUUGGGCGUUCUGGGGAGGCACAACGGUCGAGUGGAGGGGGAAGAAGUUCUGGGUGGGGGUGGAUAUGAAGGUGCAUGAGAUCAGGGAUGACGGGCCGGUCGAUGCAGUGGGAACAUCGAGCAUGAACGGCCAUGGAUUCAACAGCGAUAAUCAUAAAGCUAGAGUAGAUUGA